AUGGCUGUAACUCCAGCAAUGGCAACUGAACAUUGGGUUGGGGAUGAUCAAGGUUGGAAACUCAACUUCGACUACAAAGCAUGGGCUGAAAGCAAAGAGUUCCAUUUUUCAAGUAACAGGGGCUUCACAAUGUGUUCUAAUGCUGAACCCCUCAAUUCUGGAAAUGAUGUGAUUGAGCUAAAAUCUCCUGGGAAGAGAUGGUACUUUUGUGGAGCAAAAUAUCACUGUCAGCUAGGAAUGAAGGUUGCCAUUAACGUUCUACCAGAAGUGGGAUCUCCUUCUACUGCACCUUCAGGUUCCCCUGCCUCAUCAGCUGCUUCUCGGAUAUUUGGUCCUUCCAAAUUUGUUGCUUCCAUUGUUUUCCCAUUUUCCACGUUCUUGAUGAUCAUCGCAUAA